AUGCCAAGGGGCGUGGCCAAGAAGGAGGACCUCCACGAGCCCAGCGGGGAGGUGCAAUACAAAGAUGCCGUGGCCAACUUCAUGCUGGACGUGGGAUUCACGCGGAACAUCACCAUCACCAUCCAAUGUGCAGACCCCACCCAGGCCAGCAUCGGCACCUACACGCUGAAGAUAAUGCGAGGGAAUUGCCCGGCCGAGAAGCCGUUCUUCGAACCGCAGACGAGGAGGUGUGUCAACUUCUGUCCCGAAGGCUUCUACCGCAACGAGCUGAGCCGGCGAUGUUCCCGCUGCAACACGAACUGCAAGGUGUGCACCGGCCUCCUGAGCUGCAAGAUGUGCCUCCCUGAUGAUGCGGAAUUCGCUUACGUGAUGCAACCCGACGGGAAGUGCGAAGGUCAGGUGAACCACAUCUAUGCAAGGUAUCGCUGGUGGUGCCUAGGUCUGGGUAUCCUCUUGGCUUUCCUUGUUUGCAUUGGCUGCGCGGGCAUUUGCACUUUCUGCUGUUCCCGCGCAGGCAAGCCGGCAGAGAAGAAAGACAGGCGCAGAUACUUCCAGGAAGAUCUCGAGGAGGACAAGCAGCUCAUACAAUAUCCGCCGGGCAGGCGUCUGGGAAGAUAUUGA